AUGGAUCCAGUAGGACCAUGGUCAGCAUAUGCUACAUACAAUCGGCUAUCUGGUGUUCAGGCUGGUGCUGCAAGUGGAGAUUUUCAUCACCACCUGGCAAGCAGUGGAACAGGUUUAGGCAGCCAAUCGGUGCCCUCAACCACAAGCCAAUUGUUACUGCAGGCAGCUCAUACAACUGCAUCACUUGCAGGCCAAUUGGGCUCUACUACUGCAUCACCAUUUAAUCCUAGUAGUUUUUUGUCUCCACCAGCUGUAAGUUAUGAUGCUGUUUUCUCGCCAUUAUUUCACCACCCAAAUCCUAAACCAGCACACUACAGUUCUUCUUUACAACACCGCCAAGUCAUAGCACAAGCUCAAGCUGCUGUGGCUUCUAAGCAGUCAUCUGUAGAAACGGAACUAUCCUCAUUAAGAGAGAACUAUUCUCAUCAGGCAAUUGCCGCACAAGGGACUUCAUUUUUUGAUCAGCCUACAACUCCUGGUGGUACAGCAGGCCUAAGUUGGCAGGGCAAUAAUCAACUACCAAGUCCAUUUGGAAUUCUACCUCAUGAAAGUGUUGUGCCGUCAUCACCCAGCCCAGCUACAACAAAAUCAGGGGCAACUUAUGAAAAUUUUAAUGCUCAUUUUGCUGCAGCUCAGACUUUAAAUAAUCACAUAAACUCACAAAUUACCAAUGCUGGUAAACAAACAAACAGGUCGGGCUCCCCAGCGACUGCAGCUAAACAACCUGUAUCUUCAGCACCGUCAACAUUUUUCCAAUCUCCUACAAGUUACGGAAAUCAAAGUGACAAUUCAUAUAGUACAAGUGGUUCUAAAAGUGGACUUUCAACACAACAGGAUUAUGCGGGAAGUAAGUCAUAUUCAAGUUCUGCAAGUUCAAGUGCUCAUUCACAACAAACUUGUAUUGUGUCAACUCCACCUGUGACUUCUUCCUCGACCCCUCCAACUAAAGACUUCCGUUCCUCAUCUUCCAACUCAACUCGCCCCUCAUCCAUUUAUAAUUCCCAGUCCCCCAAAAGUGCCAGUAGUGAAAAACCAUCCCGACCAACCAACAGUAGUAGUGGUUUUGUAUCUCCCACACCCAAACCUCCCCAGGUUCAAACUAAAGCUCAAAGUAAAGUUUAUCCUGAGAUUAACAGUGAACAAAGAAAGAGUUGUGAAUCCAUAGAUAAACUUCAGCCACAAUCUUCUCCUAUUAGUUAUUCAAUUAUGGAUGCUCCCGGUAGGUUAAGUUAUAACAGUUCUAAUGGAAGUUCUAAGUCAAAUAGAAUAGGUAACUCUCCUUACUCAUCAUCCCAGACUUCCAGUUUCAGACAUUACCAAAGUGGUAAUAAUGUUGAAACUGAAUAUCAUGUAAGAGCCAAAAGCAGUUCUAGCACUGACACUGGUUAUUCUAGUAGUAGCUCUCAAAAUGGUCCCGAUUGUAGUAUAGGUGCAGCCAAACGACAGAGUCCUUUGCAAGUAGCCCCACAAACCUCACCUUUAGGUCAUAGGUCUAGCCCUGCCUAUCCCAUUUAUCACAGUCCUAUGAAUUCUAUUCAUUCGCCACAACAUGGAGAUCAUUAUGGUAAAGUAAAUAAUGCUGCACCAAGAUCUCCUUUAGAUGCAUCUAUAUCAAGACCCCCAUCUCAAAAUAGUCAAGUUGCCUAUCCUUCAGUUAUCACAAGGGCAUUAGGUAUUGAACAAGCUAAGUCAUUUAAUGAAAAUCGGUAUGACCGUAACCAAAAUUCUGCACCCAACUGCUGGGAGUCUGAACGGCAAAGAAAAUUUGCUAGUAAUGGUAAUACCGGUGGAAGCUCUACUAAUUAUAGUAAUAUAUCGGAAAAUAAUACUCAUAAUGAAAAGACAACGUCUCAAUCUCAAAAUUCUAUGGAUAGGACCCUAGGCUUAAGUGAAAAACCUAAUUGCUUUGAUAGUAAUAAUGUAGCUUUACAGGAUUUAUCUAGCUGUCGCGGUGAUCCUAUGAGUAUAGUUAAGAAUUUACAAAGCCUACAACAAAGUUGUCAAGUACAAGAAUCAAAACCAAGUAAAACCGUAACACCUGUAGUGAGUGCCCCUCCAGUAGCUAAAGUUACCAGAAGAAAAAGUACUGAAAAACCUAUACCACAUUCAAAUGAACUUACCAAUGCUGCAGUUAUGGCCGACUACUUAGCUAGUAGAAUACCGCCACCAGCUCAUAGUUCAACAAAUAACCAACAGCAAAACAGCAGCUUUUUUGACUUUGAGAGAUGGAACCUUCCUCCCCCACCUCCAAAAAUGUUCCCCGGUACUUCAGCUUUUGGUUCUCAGGCCCCUUUACAUGCUAGUAAUUUUAACCAACAUCAAGCCUUGGCAAUGCAGCACAGUCAUGCAUUAACAUAUUUUCCACCAUUUCACUUAGGACCCCAUCCUGACUUCCAAUCCUCUGUGGAGUUAACACCUUUAUCUUCAUUCAGUGAAACUCCACCUUCGGCUUCCUCGUCAUCGUUUUCAACUCCUGAAACUCGUGAGGAGGAACAGCCCAAGGUGGUAGUACCCAAUAUAGAGGAAGAACUCGGUUUCCUUGCAGAACAACGCGCUAACACUUCGACGACGGUAGCACCCACUUCACAGCAGCAGAAUCUUAACAGUGCCUCGCAAGACGCUACUUCGAAAGUAAUGGAAAAAAAAUUCAACGUUCCCGUCACGGGCCCGGGGUCGGGCUUCAUGGCUUCUUAUUUAAAAUUUUUGCAAGGAGAACGCGACACGUCUCCUCCGCCGGCCGGCCGAGGCGCUCGAAAGUCUACGUGGUCGAGAACGAACACAAAUAGUAAUACUGUCAAUAACAAGGCAUUUAACCCCAAUGAUGUUGCAAAAAACCCAUGCGAGGCAAACACAACCCAAAGUGCGAAUGGCGCGAUGGCCUCCUCGAGCGUGCUAAAUGCCGGGAUGGCUCUAAACAACCCGGUGAUGAGUCCGGCGGCGGGGAUGAACACCGCGGGUCUAUUGGGUGCUAAUCAGCUGCACGGAGCUCAGUCGAACCUGUUGGGUUCGCAGCCGAAAGGCGUCGAGUUGGAUGACCCGAGAUAUUACCAUUUGAAUAAGGACAGAAAGAGAAAGUACGACGGCACCGAAGAGACCGCCUACGACGCCGAGGAGGAAGCGCGGCGGAUGAACAAGCCAGUGCUGAACGUGCCCAGUACGCCGCUGAACGACAAGGCGAAGAAAGGGCGUGCGGCGCUGAGCAAAGCGCCUCCGUCGGCGGCCGUAGCGCCUCAGCCCGCCUCAGCCAAGAAACCCCGAGCCCCGGCCCCCGCGCCUGCGCUGCAGCCGGUGCCGCAGCAGCAGUACUAUUACCAGCACCAGCCCGACGAAGUAGGUGCUCAUUCUGGUGCUUUGGGAUAUGGUUACGGAUCGACGGAAAAUGAUGCGAACUCAAACCGAAAGUUGCAUAAUAUUAAAACUCAUCAACAAAUUCCCAAUACCGGUCAAAUAGAUAAUUCACGGCCCAUUGAAGAAAUGCCUUAUCAGUCCGGAGAGUUCGUAGCGUUAAAAAAUGAAUUGGCAGAAAUGUGGCCUACGAUAUGGAGGGUAGACGGAAAAACGCUAUUACAAAAGUACGAGCCCUUCGAAGAUAACGGAAAAGUUUUGUACAGGAAUAUAUCGACGUAUACAGUAUGGAAUCCCGAAAACAAGAAAUUAUAUACACAAGUGCAAGUGAAAAUUCGGUCCCAAACCCACCUCGAAACAAUUGUAGAGUUAGUGAGAAGUGAACUCCAAGGAGACGACUGCCAUUUCAUAGAGAAACGGAUGCUUGAGACCCAAAUGUAUCAAGAGAACUUCGAAGUGUAUAUACAAACGCUAAUAUCACACGCCUUAGACCCUAAUUUCCUUACAGAAAUAUUUCAGGAACAGGACGAGUACUUCCUAUCGAACGUAAAAACGGUAGACGAGGUCACAGAGACCAUGAGAACACGCGUCUCAAGUGGGGUCUGUGGUGGCGGUAAUGGAUCCCGGUCUUUGGAUGCUGCGGUAGCCACAUGGCCAGGCUUAAGUGUGGCAGCUGGAAAUGGUGUUUGUAGAGCGUGUGUGCGGCCGGCAGUUGCAAGACUAUUGCUCUACGGACAGCCUUAUAACCCUGCUACGUUGGAACCCGUCCAGCCAGAUGCAAGACUGGCGUAUGAGAAGGAGUUCCUAGUGUGUGCGGCCUGCUGCGGCAGAGUUCAAUUGUACACGAAGAUAUCUCACCAGAAGUACCUGAUGUACACUGAAUGCAGCAAACGUGUAGCCGAGAAGCGAAUGCAGAACCCCAGCAAAGAUACCACUGCCAUACUCAAUGAGCUGCUGGCUGAUGAGCCGUGGCUCUCCCAGUUAUUCCGUGACGUGCGGCAUUCUUGGGCGGAAGCAGAGUCGUGGGAAAGAAAAAUGCGGCACGCGAUGUCCAGACAAAUGAUUUAA